AUGGCGACCAAUAACUUACCUGUUGAGCUGUGGCUCGUUGUUUUUUCUUUCACCGAAGUCCUUGAAUUUUCCUUGAAUGACCUAGCUGCACUGUGCCGGGUGUGCAUUGGCUUCCAUCAUGCAGUAGUUGACUCUCUGUAUGAGUCCAUCACGGUCGACAAGUCUGAUGUCUGCACUACCCUUGCAGAGCGUCCCCAUCUUGCAGAGAAAGUCAAAUCAUUCAUCUUUACAUAUCCAACUAUUACAGGCCCUCAAAAAUAUGACCUCCCUCUCGACACUCAAGCUUAUUCAUUCCCAAAGCACUACUCAUCUGUCCUUCGACACUGUGACGCCAAACUUCUCGUUUUUCAUUGCACCUAUGAUGUCGACCGCCAAUUGCUAUCCUUCUUAAACAAGCAGGAUAACAUCCGUGAUCUUGCUAUUAUUGGCGAUCCAAUACUAGAUCAAGAUACUUUCUUCGAGCUCCCGGAAAUACUUUCUCCCACAUCUCUGCCACAUCUAACAGAAAUCUCUGCUUCCCUCUCUUUUUUACGCGUCCUUGUCCCUGGGCGCCCGGUUCAAACUGUGCGGUUCAAGAGCUACCAUGCACAUUUUCAGUCCUCGAAAUGGGGUCUCGAUGAUAUUGUCAGCCACUCCACGGUGCCUGUCAGGCAUGUGGGACUUGAUCUCACGAUUUGGCCCUUGUCAGUACUACACGAGCCUCGCGCACUACUUCCAAAGCAUGUCGAGGAAAUCACACUGACGGGUUUUGCUACUGGGCGCCCAUUUACAAUUGGGGGACUCAGAAUUUGGGAUUGGGAAUAUGAUGUACAUCUCAUACUGGCAAGCACACCGAGUUUGAAAAGGCUGACAUUCUGGAUGGAGGGAGAGCGAGAAGACGCACGCGUAUGGGCUCGACUUCUCUUCCAGGAGUUCCAUGAUAAGCUGUCCCAUCUUGAGCAGGUCUCAUGUGUGAUUGCUGGACCAGACAUGUCAACAUCGUUCGACUUCUUUGAGGAAAAGCCGGGUUGCCUCCUGAUUGGGCCUCAUGAGGAUAAUCAAACUCGGGGCCAUCGAGCCGCGAAUGACAUUCGGGAGCUCAUGCCAUUUCCUAUCUUUUGUUGUCGGACUGGCGAGAAGGACCUUUGCGAUCGAAAGGUAGGGAAGACCCUCCAGCUUGAUCGCAGGGACAUAGAGACAUUCAGGCCCAGGGAUGGAUGAGAACGAGGGCAAAGUACCCAGAAUGGCCCUGGCCCUGAACCAAUGUGUGUAUGCCUAUCUUCGACCCCAUGGAGGACACCUUUCAAAUUGUACUACGUUGUCUGACUAUCCUCUCAAUUAAACAUGCCAAGUCCCGUGAGUGGGGGACUUUGCUUGCCUAAAAACACGACACCUC